AAGGAAACCCGAAGAGAUGCCCAGGCAAUUUCCAAAGCUAAACAUUUCAGAAGUUGAUGAGUCGGUGCGACUUCUAGCUGAAAAGGUUUUUGCCAAAGUUCUUCGAGAAGAAGACAGCAAAGAUGCCUUAUCACUAUUCAGUGUGCCUGAAGACUGCCCUAUUGGGCAACAAGAGGCGAAAGAAAGGGAACUGCAGAAGGAGUUGGCAGAACAGCAGUCUUUGGAGACGGCUAAAAGGAAGAAAAGUUUCAAGAUGAUUCGAUCCCAGUCCUUGUCAUUACAAAUUCCGUCUCAGGAAUGGAAGCCUCCAUCAGCUGUGCCCGUUAUCUCUCCUCCUAGUCCAAUCCUUCCAGGCGCUCUUCAGCCCAGUCAAGGGACAUACGAUGUACCAGAAUUUCAAAGAGUUACAAUUAGUGGGGAUUAUUGUGCUGGGGUUACAGUCGAUGAUUAUGAACAGGCUGCAAAGAGCUUGGCAAAAGCUCUGCUAAUUCGAGAGAAAUAUUGUCGCCUCGCAUACCAUCGUUUUCCAAGGACAACGUCACAAUAUUUAUGCAGUAUGCAGAAUACAACAUGGAAAGUUGAAGAUGAGGUGCUUCCAGAUUUUCAUCCACCUCCAAAAGAAAUGCAAGAUCCUUACAGUCUUGAAGAUGCUCCAGGGAACUUGGAUUAUGUUGUGAAGAUGAAGGGUGGCAUUCUUUUUGUUUUUGAUAACAAGGAAAUGAAGGAACUUGAUGAGCCCCGGAGCCUGCCUUAUCCUGAUCUACAGACCUACACCCUUGACCUCAGUCAUGUGUUGGCUCUUAUUGCAGAUGGUCCAACGAAAACAUACUGUCACCGAAGACUUAACUUUUUAGAAUCUAAGUUUGGUUUACAUGAGAUGUUAAAUGAAAUGUCCGAGCUUAAGGAACUGAAGAGCAAUCCACAUCGCGAUUUUUACAAUGUGAGAAAGGUUGAUACUCAUAUCCACGCAGCUGCCUGCAUGAGCCAAAAACAUUUGCUGAGAUUUAUCAAACACACUUACAAAACUGAACCAAAUAGGAUCGUGGGAGAGAAAAAUGGCAAAAAGAUGACUCUGAAGCAUGUGUUUGAAAGUCUCAAUAUGGAUCCUUAUGAUCUCACUGUAGAUUCAUUAGAUGUUCAUGCAGAUCGCCAGACAUUUCAUCGAUUUGAUAAAUUUAAUUCUAAAUAUAAUCCAGUUGGUGCAAGUGAACUCAGGGACUUGUACUUGAAAACUGAGAAUUAUCUUGGUGGUGAAUACUUUGCUCGUAUGGUGAAGGAAGUUUCUCGUGAACUAGAAGAAAGUAAAUACCAGUACACAGAACCUCGGCUGUCUAUCUAUGGGCGUUCUCCAGAUGAAUGGCAGAACUUGGCUAAAUGGUUCAUUAGGCACAAAGUUUAUUCACCUCAUGUGCGCUGGGUAAUUCAGGUCCCUAGAAUCUAUGAUAUAUUUAGGUCAAAAAAUAUUCUCCCUAGCUUUGGAAAGAUGUUGGAAAAUAUCUUCUUGCCUCUGUUUGAAGCAACCAUCAAUCCCUUGGAUCAUAAAGAGAUGCAUCUUUUCCUUAAAUAUGUGACAGGUUUCGACAGUGUGGAUGACGAAUCCAAACACAGUGACCACAUGUUCUCUGAGAAGAGCCCCAACCCUGAUAUUUGGACUACUGAAAAAAAUCCUCCGUAUAGUUAUUACUUGUAUUACAUGUACGCAAACAUCAUGGUUCUCAACAAUCUUAGAAAGGAACGAGGCAUGAGCACAUUUCUAUUUCGGCCUCAUUGUGGAGAAGCUGGGUCCAUCACUCAUCUGGUAUCAUCCUUUCUAACUGCAGACAACAUUUCCCAUGGCUUACUCUUGAAGAAGAGUCCAGUUCUCCAGUAUCUGUAUUACCUUGCACAAAUCCCCAUUGCCAUGUCUCCGCUCAGCAACAACAGCUUGUUCCUGGAGUAUUCAAAAAACCCAUUACGUGAAUUUCUACACAAGGGUCUCUGUGUUUCUCUGUCUACGGAUGACCCCAUGCAAUUCCACUAUACAAAGGAAGCCCUUAUGGAGGAAUAUGCCAUAGCAGCUCAAGUGUGGAAACUGAGCACUUGUGACCUGUGUGAAAUAGCAAGGAACAGUGUACUACAAAGUGGUUUGUCAGAUAAGGAAAAACAGAAAUUUUUAGGUGCAAAUUAUUGCCACGAAGGGCCUGAAGGAAAUGACAUUCGGAAGACAAAUGUUGCACAGAUUCGGAUGGCCUUCAGGUUCGAGACCCUGUGCAACGAGCUGAGUUUUCUAUCUGAUGCAAUGAAGACAGAAGAGAUUACCGCGCUCUCAAAUUAGUCAUAGCUCCAAUAUCAUGACUGUAUUGCACAACUGCCAGGAGAGAAGUGUAUGGACAUAAGAGAGAACCUGCGCAUCGACAGGAAAGAGAGCUGCUAGGUGACCAGAACUCUCAAGCUGCGUCAGGGUAUGCAGCAGAUCCAGCUUCUGCAAGCACUGCACGCAGGUUGGAUUCCUCUAUAUAUUCUGAUGUAGGCUCACAAAUCUAUCCUUUAUGCGGCACCUGGGAUUUAAAAGUGCACUCUGAAUCUAAUAUUUAUAGUGUUUGCAUCUGGGAUAUAUAUAACAUUCUCCCUGGAAGCAAAAAGUAUACAGGGACAGCAGCUUCUGGUAGCACACAUGCCAAGUUUUAGUGGCAAGCAAAUGUCUGUGGCACUUUAAGCCCCGAUUAGACCGUAGAGCAAACAAUGUACACAGUAAAAAUUGUACUUUUUUUUUUAGGGAAAUAAAAGAAUAUGACCAAAGAGCUACUACAAGUACAUUGUAGGGAACCCUGUUCAGCACACAUAUCUACAUUUUUAACUCCCCCCCCUCCCCCUGCAAAUUUUGUAGUUCUAUUAAGUACUUUGAUGACGAGCAGCCAGUCCUGAAUGUAUGUUUGCGCUGAUUACAAAGCAAUCCUGAACCAUGCCCACACUGCAGUGGCCAGCCCUGCUGUGCAGGGGCGGUGCCGCUCGUCAGCUCCCUA